CGUGAAGCAGGAAAAAAAAUGAAGAUAAGGAUAAAGAUAACAUCGAAUAAGUCGACGAAUUGAACAGAAAAAAAAAAAGAAAUGGCGACGUUCAGCGUCCGAUCUUGUUCAUCAGCGGCGGAGGUUCACGUGGCAGAAAACGUUUUGCUAGAUGAUUUAUAUCGACAAUGGCAAACGGCUGAGCCAUCCGACGAGGCGGAGGUGGUUCUCUCUCUCCAUCCUCCCUCCGCCAUCAACCGCAUCGAGGUGAUUAACGCGGGAACCUCGUUAUUCGAAGUCUAUGGCCUUCGAGAAGAAGCGCAAGAUUGGGAAAUUUUGCUGCCAGCUCAGCAGCUGAUGUCCGUUAAAGAUGUGGUUAAUCAGACCAACCGAUCAAGGGAGGCAGUCUAUGACGCUGGCGGGAAACUCACAAGGCUAGCAACGCAGUACAAGUGGCAGUUAUUCAAACUGGUGUGCAGACAGCCGUUUGGAAGUGGGGAUAAGAUGACGACGAUUGGAUUAUCGAGGGUAAGAUUUGCCACGUGUCCAACGGACGAAGCGGUGAGAGCAGCGGCAGCGGAGGCGCGGGUACAGGCGCGAUCAAAAGCUGCGCUGGCAGAGAUGUUCCCGGAAGCUGCUGCUGGUGCGGGUGCUGGUGGUGGUGGUGGUGCUGCUGCGCCCAGGCAGCAGCGGCAGUACCCAUGGAGGGAGCGUCCUCCACUCCCUCCUCAUGCUCCUCAUUCUCCUUCUCCCUCUGCUUAUCCCUCUCUUCCUCACCAUAGCCGCCGUCUGACUCCCUCUUCGGCCACGUCGACAUCGCCGGGAAGAAGAGCGGACGACGACAGCGAGCAGAGUCGAAGUUAUGGCGACGAAGGGAUGGGGAAUGAACAAUUGGAGGGAGUAGCUAGAGGAGGAGGAGGAGGAGGAGGAGGAGGAGGAGGAGGAGGAGCGGGGAUCGGCAAGGAAGAGAAGAUGUCUACUCGUUAUCGUGAUGGAAAGCCAGUUCUUGUUAUUGGACCCGGCAAUAGCGGCACGGAUGGCGGCGGAGGAGGAGGGGGAAGCGGAGCAAGAGGAAGUGGUCGUGGGGAAGGAGGAGAAGGCAGGAAUGAGCAGAAGCGCGCCGACGAGGUCCGCCCGAGUUUUAGUCGAAAUGGCGACAAGCUAGGUGGGAAACCCGUUCUAGUCAUUGGGGGUCACAAAAGUGCCACGUCGGAUGAGGAAAGGAGGAGAGGAGGAUUGGCAGAAGGAGGUGGUGCUGCUGCGGCUCCUGAGGCUUCUGGUGACUGGAGUAGGAGAGGCCACGUCAGCAAGAACGAGGAGCUCGGGAACGUGACCGGGAGUGCUGACGUGGCAGGCAAAGCUGCCGGGUCAGGUGCUGGUAAUCGUGCCGACGUGGCGAAGGGAGACGAACGAAGCACCGCUGACCACGGGAUCGGGAUCGGGAUCGUUAAUCCUGCCGCCGCUGAUGUCUCCGGAGGUGGCAAUGGCGCCUCUUCUGAUCCGGACAGGACGGGUCGUUAUGGAGGUGAAGGCCUUGUAGGUCGAGAUGGGAGAAGCGAGGGAGGAGCGAGAGGAGGGAGAGGAGAUAGUGGCGGCGGAGCGGCUGCGCAAAGUACGAAAGGGAGCGUCAGGGAGUAUGCGGAAGAAGGUCGGGGGGGGGGAGAAGGCAGAGGAAGAGGAGGAAGGGGAGGUGGAGGAGGAGGGGGGUUGGGAAUCUAUGGGAGGAGAAGGACAGAGGAGAGGGAGGAGGAAAGUCUUGACAAUCCAGGACGGCGACCAGAUCGCGAUCCUAAUCCUCGCGUCGGAGGAGGAGGAAGAGGAGGAGGAAGAGGAGGCGCAGUCGGAGGUCUUGGAGCAGAAAGAGAGGGGGCCAGUUAUGCCAGCAGCAGAGGUCACGGAAGGACGGAUCCACGUGGCGGGGUUGAGGAGAGUACCGAGGCAAGGAGGGGAGGAGUAGGAGGGGGAGGAGUAGGAGGAAGGGGAAGAGGAGGAGGUGCACCAGCAGGUCCUGUGCCCUUCUCUGAACUGUUGAAAGGCGUGGUCAUUGCUAUUUCUGGAAUCGUCAAUCCCGAACGAACUGAGAUACGACAAAGAGCAAUGGAUAUGGGUGCUCAGUAUCGGCCCGACUGGACAGAUGACUGCACGUUACUGGUGUGCGCGUUUGCCAACACUCCAAAGUUCUAUGAGGUGAAGCGGCAGAACGGUACCAUCGUGAAAAAGCAGUGGAUCUCGGAUUGCUAUCGCUCUCGGCAAUUGACUGACAUCACGUCGUACUUGAUGUUCUCAGGCAAGCCAUGGAGGAAAACAGAUGGGAGAAGAAGAGAAGAAGACAGCGAUGGCGAUGGAGAUGGCUAUGGGGAAGAAACUGCCGGUGGUGGUGGUGGUGGUGGGGGUGGAAUGGGAGGUAAUCGUCGGUCUGGAGAGAGUGGGAGAGGUGGUGGUAGUGGUGGAUUGGGGAGAGGGAGAGGGAGAGGGGAGGGGAGAGAUUCUCGCUACGAUGAUGAGCAAGUUACUUCAAGUAGAGAACAAGGAAGAGGAGGAGGAGGAGGAGGAGGAGGAGGAGGAGGAGGAGGAAGAAGUGGGGUAGGCGGAGGAGGAGAAGGAGGAGGAGGAGGGGGAGGAGGGGGAAUAAGAAGGGUAGGCGGAAGAGGAGGAGGAGGAGGAGGAAGAGAGAAAGUAGAGCUCGAUCGCGAUGGCCGUUUGGAAGCGCCUUCUGCUAAAAGGCCGCGUCUUGGGGGAGGAGAAGGAGGAGGAGGUGGAGCAGGAGGAGGGAAUGGGGAGGAGAGGAGCAGAAGGGAGGGUGGGGAAAGAUCAGUGUUGGCUCAUCCGACUGCGUCUGGAAGUGGAGGAGGUCGUGUCCCAUCAACUACUGUUCAAGAAGGAGCUGAUGGGACACGUGGCGAUGGAUCCAGCAGUAGUAAUCCGAUAAGACAGAUUGAUUGCCACGUGGCAAGAGAAGAUGGACCCGGUUCUGCGGCUAGGGACGCCCUAUCAAUGAUCAAACACGGUCCAUCUUCUUCUCCGAUUACUACUACUCAAUCGAUCGCCACGUGGCAAUCAACGAGUACGGACGAUUUGGAGCAUGAUGACGUGGCCAGUUGGUUUACGGAUGACGUGUCUGCCACGUUGCGGUAUCUAGAGGGCCAAGAUCCGCGCCCUCCUCCAGAUGUCAUCCUGGACGUCGCUAGAGAGGGAGUGCUGGAGUGUUUUGCCUACGUGGCCGACUGCCUGCGUGAGGGUAAGAUCCUCCUUGAUUGCCUGGAUGAUUGGGAGAGUCCUCUUCCCUUGGGCAUGGCGCGGAUAGUGGAGGUAGCUGAGAAGGUCGGCGACGAUUCUGAACGGUUGAUUGCUGAAGUAGAGCGCAUGCGAGCAGCAUAUAAGAGGGCAAUGGACAAGAAAGAGCUAUGGCGGCCGAGGGACAGGGAAGGAGGAGGAGGAGGAGGAGGAGGAGGAGGAGGAGGAGGAGGAGGAGGAGAUGGUCGUCCCCAGGAGCAGAAGGAGAAGAGCGAUGGUGUGGUGGGUGGUCUGAAGCUGCAGGACAAGAAAGACCUAUGGCGAACAGGCGGGCAGGAGGAUGGGAGGCUUAGAGCUCACCAUGCUCAAGCUGCUGGUGAUCGUGGAAGUCACACGUCAUCAUCGGAUGCAGAGACGGAAGAUAUGGAUGAAGCCACCAUAUCCACGGCGAAGACUAGAGUGUUGCAGAUGCUGAAGGAAGGCCGACCAACGACUGCAAGCUUCUGCUGACGUUGGCUCUCUCUCCCAUACUCCAACCACAGCUACCGUCAUACCCUAUUUGCAUUCUUACUUCCUGGGAGAGUGGGCUGCUGGCCAGCUGUACAUUGACUGUCUGUCGUGUCAGGUGUCCACAUGCAAUGCAUUCGCAGGCUCUGCAUGAGAGAGACACAAAAUAUUCCUGGAAACAAAGGCAAAGGAAAAAG